AGAGCGCGGGGCGCGCGAGGCUCGGCGCUGGCCCGGCAUCCCCGGCCGCAGGGAGGGAGCGCCUGCACCAUGCCCCGCAUCGACGCCGACCUCAAGCUCGACUUCAAGGAUGUCCUGCUCCGACCCAAGCGCAGCAGCCUCAAGAGCCGAGCCGAGGUGGAUCUUCAGCAAACCUUUACAUUUCGAAACUCGAAGCAGACCUACUCAGGAAUUCCCAUCAUUGUAGCCAACAUGGACACCGUGGGGACAUUUGAGAUGGCAGUUGUGAUGUCACAGCACUCCAUGUUCACAGCCGUUCACAAGCACUACUCCCUGGAUGACUGGAAGCGCUUCGCCACGACCCACCCCGAGUGCCUGCAGCAUGUAGCCGUGAGUUCGGGCAGUGGGCAGAAUGAUCUGGAAAAGAUGAGCCGCAUCCUGGAAGCUGUGCCACAGGUGAAGUUCAUCUGCCUGGAUGUGGCCAAUGGCUAUUCGGAGCAUUUUGUGGAAUUUGUGAAACUGGUCCGAGCCAAGUUUCCUGAACACACCAUUAUGGCAGGGAACGUGGUGACAGGAGAGAUGGUGGAGGAGCUCAUUCUUUCUGGAGCAGACAUCAUCAAAGUGGGAGUUGGGCCUGGUUCUGUGUGUACCACUCGCACCAAGACCGGGGUGGGCUAUCCCCAGCUCAGUGCUGUGAUCGAGUGUGCUGACUCUGCCCAUGGCCUCAAGGGGCACAUCAUCUCCGAUGGUGGCUGCACAUGUCCUGGAGAUGUCGCCAAAGCCUUUGGAGCUGGUGCAGACUUCGUCAUGCUGGGAGGCAUGUUCUCGGGCCACACGGAAUGUGCUGGGGAUGUGAUCGAGCGGAACGGGCAGAAGCUGAAGCUCUUCUACGGGAUGAGCUCCGACACAGCCAUGAAAAAGCACGCAGGAGGAGUGGCUGAGUACAGAGCCUCUGAGGGAAAGACUGUGGAAGUACCUUACAAAGGGGAUGUAGAAAACACGAUUCUUGAUAUCCUUGGAGGACUGAGAUCUACCUGUACCUAUGUGGGGGCUGCCAAGCUCAAAGAGCUCAGCAGGAGGGCGACGUUCAUCCGGGUGACCCAGCAGCACAACACGGUGUUCGGUUAGCAUCGAGAGGCAGUCCUGGCUGAGCCGAAGUCUCCUCACACCACGCUUCUUCCGCCCCUCCUGGUCUGUCCCAGCAGGCUGCCUGCUCUGCACGGCGGAGCACUGCUGCCACUGCUGCUGCCGCCGCCGCCGCCACCGAGUCCUUCUGUCCUGCCCCUGGAGGCUGUGAGGCUCAGCCUUGUGUCCACAUGAGGCUCAGAAGCAGGACACUGAUGGGGCCAGUGGUCAGCGCCCAGAACUCAUCACCCCAUUGUUCAACCCUCGCACCCCGUCCUGGGAUUUUAGGGAUGGUGGGUUCAGUUUUAAUAUAAUGCUGUGAUCUUGAUGGA